AUGUCAGAUAGCAGAAGGCGUAGACGUGAGGACAAUGAAGGCUCGGACGACGAUGAAAGAUUACCACCAUCUUCACCUCAGCAUGUUCCUGAGAGGUCGUUUGAUCCAGUUUCGUCUCCGAUUGGCUCACCUAUAGAAGAAGAUAUGGCUAAUCCAGAAGGCGAAGAUGAUGAAAUCGAUGAGAACCCUGACCUCGAAGAACUCGAAGAGCAGAUGAAUGAGGUUGACUUAAUGGGUGAUGAUAUGUACGCUGACUAUGGCGAUGAUCCGGAGAAAGAUAGGUAUGAUGUUGAAGGCCUCGACGAAGAAGCACAGGAAGAGCUCUCUUUAGACCAGCGCAGACGUGUUGAUGCUCAUUUGAACGAAAGAGAUAGGCUUCUUAAGAAUUCCGCAUAUAUGGAUGACGAUGAUGAGGAUGCAGGAGCAGCUCAAUUAGAUGGAAUGGGACUACCAAUCCAAAAGCGUCGCCGUAGAAGAAAAUAUGACGACGGAAUGAAUAGUGAUGAAGAUCUGCUCAGUGAUAUGGAAAUUGAUCCUUUGGCAGAAGAAUUAACGUUAGAAUCCUUAAGCAACGUGAAGGCGAAUAGUUAUUCAGAGUGGAUAACGCAACCCAAUGUAUCAAGAACUAUUGCAAGAGAAUUGAAAUCAUUUUUGCUAGAAUACACCGAUGAAACUGGUCGAUCUGUAUACGGUGCACGUAUAAGAGUGCUUGGUGAAAUGAAUUCUGAAUCCCUGGAAGUUAAUUAUCGACAUCUAGCUGAGUCAAAAGCUAUAUUGGCCUUAUUUCUGGCUAAAUGUCCAAGUGAGAUGCUCAAAAUUUUCGAUCUCGUAGCGAUGGAGGCAACGGAGCUACACUAUCCUGAAUACGCUCGUAUCCAUUCCGAAAUACAUGUCAGAAUUUCUGAUUUUCCAACUAUACACAAUUUGAGAGAAUUACGUGAACACAAUUUGAACUCUUUAGUUCGUGUCACUGGUGUUGUGACUAGGAGAACUGGUGUUUUUCCGCAAUUAAAGUAUGUUAAAUUCAACUGUUUGAAAUGUGGGUCAGUAUUAGGUCCAUUCUUUCAGGAUUCAAACGAUGAAAUUAAGAUAUCCUUUUGCACCAACUGUAAAUCAAAAGGUCCAUUCAGUCUUAAUGGUGAAAAAACUCUCUAUCGUAAUUACCAGAGAAUUACCUUACAAGAAGCCCCAGGUACUGUCCCUGCGGGGAGAUUACCAAGACAUAGAGAAGUUAUACUGCUUGCUGACCUAGUUGAUGUAUCAAAGCCAGGUGAAGAAGUUGAAGUUACUGGUAUUUACAAAAACAACUACGACGGUAACUUGAAUGCCAAAAAUGGGUUUCCGGUUUUCGCUACUAUCAUCGAGGCCAACUCAGUAAAAAGGAGGGAAGGUGGCAUGACAAGUGGCGAUGAAGAAGGCUUGGACGUUUUCGGGUGGACCGAAGAGGAAGAGAGAGAAUUUAGAAAAAUGUCUAGAGAUCGCGGUAUUAUAGAUAAGAUUAUCUCAUCUAUGGCGCCUUCAAUUUACGGUCACAGGGAUAUUAAAACGGCAAUUGCAUGCUCCCUAUUUAGUGGUGUCCCAAAAAAUGUUAAUGGUAAGCAUUCGAUUCGUGGUGAUAUAAACGUUCUGUUAUUAGGUGAUCCUGGUACAGCUAAAUCACAGAUUUUGAAAUAUGUUGAGAAGACGGCUCAUAGAGCAGUCUUUGCAACUGGUCAAGGUGCAUCUGCUGUGGGUUUAACUGCCUCUGUCAGGAAAGAUCCUAUAACGAAAGAAUGGACUCUUGAAGGUGGUGCCCUUGUGUUGGCUGAUAAAGGUGUCUGUUUAAUUGACGAAUUCGAUAAAAUGAAUGAUCAGGAUCGUACUUCUAUCCACGAAGCGAUGGAGCAACAGAGUAUAUCCAUUUCCAAAGCAGGUAUUGUUACCACUCUUCAGGCUCGUUGUUCUAUCAUAGCAGCCGCAAAUCCAAACGGUGGCCGGUAUAAUUCAACAUUACCUUUAGCUCAAAAUAUAAGCUUGACAGAGCCUAUUCUUUCCAGAUUUGAUAUUCUUUGUGUUGUGAGAGACUUGGUCGACGAAGAAGCAGAUGAAAGACUGGCAACUUUUGUAGUUGACUCGCAUAUCAGGUCGCAUCCUGAUAAUGAGCCUGAAAGUGAGGAAAAUAAAAAUGCAGAAGAAAUUGACGAGCCGCUUGAUGAAGAGGUUGACGAAGCUGCAGCACGACAAUCGUCAAGACAAAAAAGAUUGGAGAGACAGAGGAAAAAAGAGGAAGAAGUUUCUCCUAUACCGCAGGAACUCUUGAUGAAAUAUAUACAUUAUUCGAGGAUAAAAGUAUAUCCCAAAUUGCACCAAAUGGAUAUGAAUAAAGUUAGUAGAGUUUAUGCUGAUUUACGAAGGGAAAGUGUUACGACGGGAUCUUUUCCAAUUACUGUUCGUCAUCUGGAGUCAAUAUUAAGAAUUGCUGAAUCCUUUGCUAAGAUGAGAUUAUCUGAAUUUGUUUCGUCCUGGGAUUUGGAUAGAGCUAUAAAGGUUGUUGUUGAUUCAUUUGUUGAAGCUCAAAAGAUUAGUGUACGUAGACAAUUGCAAAGAUCAUUUGCAAUAUAUACGUUGGGCCUUCAACAGCAAUGA